CUUAACUGAAGCACUUUACAGAGCAGGUCCAUGGUUGAGUACUGAGUAGGGUAUCGCCACAAACGGGGAAAAACUCAUUGUCAUUUUAUCCAACCAAGAGAAAGGUUGUACUGUAUACUGGUAUCUUUAAAUCGGGCAGGGCCCAAAAUGCGAAGCUGUUUGGUCAGAUGAAAUCGAACGAGAUACAAGGAGUGGAAAUUUUGAAGAUGAAUCCCGACGCUUGUUUCUUCCUCUCUUCUUCCAACGCACAAUAAAUAGCUGGAUCUCACACUGGGCAAUACGGGCAAAAGUACGAAGACCCAAGUUUCCUUGUAUGUUUAAUUUAUCACAGGUUGCAUGAUCCAGUCGCAUCAGACGCACAGAUAAGCGAAUUGGGGGCUGGCGAUUAGAGGGGGAAGAUGGGGAAGAAUCAGGCAUACAAGGCCAUGCAGAGGGCCAAGAUGGCCACUGCUGGCGGGCCAGACGAAAUUGAAGACGGAAUGAUGGAUGGAUCUUUUCAUUCACCAGAGUGGCAUGCUGCUCGUUUGGCAAGCUUGCAAACAUCUCACACAGUCACUUGGGAUGAAUUCAACAGACGACAAAAGGAAGCUGAAAGGAAGAAGGGUGAGUUAGAAGCUGACGAGGCUAGUAAAAUGAGAGAAUACAGAGCACAAUUAGAUGCUGAACGAGCAAGCAAGCUAGCAAGGGGUAGAAACCAUGCUGGUAAGAGGCCGAGCUCAGACAAAGGGAAGAAGGAUAAAGAAAAGGAUGGGCGGAACAGCAAGAGGAAAAAGCAUUCUAGAAAGAGGCAUCGAAAUAGUUCAUCAGAUUCUGAUUUGGAUUCGUCAAGUAGUGAUGAUGAAAGACACCCAUCUAGAAGAGAGAGAUCAAAGUCGAAGAGGUCCAAGAAAGAGAGAAAACGGAAGUCUCGACAGAGACAAUCCAGAAGUUCAAGUGAUGAUUCUAGCGAUGAAAGCAAGGAGUAUGGGCCAGUGCCCCUUUCUUCCUUCUUUGAUAAACAGUAAGAUUGAACACCUUUUCUAGUCAGUUAGAUUUUAUGAAACUGCAGACUUGAGAAGAUGGAUAUGGUCAUUGUACCAUUGGAGCAAUUGCAGAUCAUCUUGUUUGUGUUCAGGCUUCCACCUAGAAGCUUGUACUUUUGCUUUUUUGAAUUGUUACACUUCAGUUAUCAUGGCAAUAUAUUGUCUUAAAGGUCCUUCACCACAGCGUCCUAAUUUCAUGUGCUAAUGAUAUACUUGAUCAUUGAAUGGAGAUUUUAGUUUGUAUGAAAUGCAAAAGUGGUAUACUUUUCUAUUAUUCAAUUACUAUCCACAAAAGUUUGUGGUUCUCAUCAUAGUAACCAAUUGAGGGAUGCAUGGUUAUUUGCGACCUUGCGUCUUCAAUGAAGAAUUCAUUUCUUAGGGCUCUGUUAUUCUGAUUGUAAUGUAAAGGAUCUUUAAUAUAUACAUCUUUUUCUGUUGUAGCAAA